GGCGGGCAUUCCCCUCUCUCCUGCUUCGGGACAGCUGGUUAUUGUCAGGUCUGACGAGUUUCCCUUGCUCUUUGCUUGCUGGGCGAGGAGGGAGGUUAUGCGGCAGGACUUUCCCUAGACCCAAUGGGAAUUACACUGAUCUGGUGUCUGGCCUUGGUUCUCAUCAAGUGGAUCGCCUCUAAGAGGCGUGGAGCUAUCUCCUAUGACAGCUCGGAUCAGACUGCACUGUACAUUCGUAUGCUCGGAGAUGUACGUGUAAGGAGUCGAGCAGGAUUUGAAUCAGAAAGACGAGGUUCUCAUCCAUAUAUUGAUUUUCGUAUUUUUCACGCUCAAUCUGAAAUUGAAGUUUCUGUAUCUGCAAGGAAUAUCAGACGGUUACUAAGUUUCCAGCGGUAUCUUAGAUCUUCACGCUUUUUUCGUGGUACUACUGUUUCAAAUUCUCUGAACAUUUUAGAUGAUGAUUAUAAUGGACAAGCCAAGUGUAUGCUGGAAAAAGUUGGAAAUUGGAGUUUUGAUAUCUUUCUAUUUGAUAGACUGACAAAUGGAAAUAGUCUAGUAAGUUUAACCUUUCAUUUAUUUAGUCUCCAUGGAUUAAUUGAGUACUUCCAUUUAGAUAUGAUGAAACUUCGUAGAUUUUUAGUGAUGAUUCAAGAAGAUUACCACAGUCAGAACCCUUACCACAAUGCAGUCCACGCUGCCGAUGUUACUCAGGCCAUGCACUGUUACCUAAAAGAACCUAAGCUUGCCAGCUCUGUAACUCCUUGGGACGUCUUGCUGAGCUUAAUUGCAGCUGCCACUCAUGAUCUGGAUCAUCCAGGUGUUAAUCAACCUUUCCUCAUUAAAACUAACCAUUACCUGGCAACUUUAUACAAGAAUACCUCAGUUCUGGAAAAUCACCACUGGAGAUCUGCAGUGGGGCUAUUGAGAGAAUCCGGUUUAUUCUCACAUAUGCCAUUAGAGAGCAGACAACAGAUGGAGGCUCAGAUAGGCGCUCUGAUACUGGCCACAGACAUCAGCCGCCAGAAUGAAUACUUGUCCUUGUUUCGGGCCCAUCUGGAUAAGGGCGAUCUACAUCUGGAAGAUGCCAGGCAUAGGCACUUGGUCUUACAGAUGGCUUUGAAGUGUGCCGAUAUUUGUAACCCAUGUCGGACCUGGGAAUUAAGCAAGCAGUGGAGUGAAAAAGUAACAGAGGAAUUCUUCCAUCAAGGAGAUAUAGAAAAAAAGUAUCAUUUGGGUGUGAGUCCACUCUGCGAUCGUCAGACUGAAUCAAUUGCCAACAUCCAGAUUGGUUUUAUGACCUAUCUCGUGGAGCCUCUGUUCACGGAAUGGGCCCGGUUCUCCAACACCAGGCUGUCCCAGACGAUGCUCGGACACGUGGGGCUGAACAAAGCCAGCUGGAAGGGACUGCAGAGAGAGCAGCCCAGCAGCGAGGACACUGAUGCUGCGUUCGAGGAGUUGAGCUCACAGUUAUUACCUCAGGAAAACCGGUUACCCUAACCCCCAGAACCAGUGGGCAGACGCCCCCUAGAGGUUGUUAGAAAUGUGAAACGGGGUCUUGAGGUGAGAGAACUUACUCUUGACUGCCAAGGGAAAUGAAUGAUGCCAGCAUUAUUUAUUUCCAAGAUUUCCUCUGUUGGAUCAUUUGAACCCACUUGUUAACGACAAGACCCGAACCUACAGCAAUAUGCAUUUGGCUUUUCGUGGGAGGCCUUGAAGAGGCAGCGCCUGGCAGGAGCGAAAUGGAGGGAGUAAGUGAGGAAGUUUUUGCAGGAAGAAUUGCAGUGGCCCGUGUGCUCUUCGAAGCAUCAUCGUGAAGCUUGAACUGAAGCCUUCAGCAGAAAUCUUCGGAAUUUAACCAGCUUGAUGCAAACAGUGUGUUUCUGUACCUUCCACUGGUUCUCUCGGAGAAAAUGGAAAUGUGAAGUGCCCAGUGUCUGCACCUCUGGCAGGACUCAAUGUUUACAAACCAACUCUUGAAAUAUUGGUUCUCAAUUUGCCUUGGAGCAUGAUUGUGAAGGAACCACUAAGAAUUCUGAAGAUCAAACCUAGAACUGCAGCUCUUUCUCCCCCUCCCCCAGUUUGCCUUUCUUUUUCUUCAGAUGCCACCAAAGCCUCCCAUUUGCUCUGGUUUUAUUUCGUGCACUGGAAACUGAGCAUUUAUCAUAGAGUGCCGCUGAGCUUUCACGCCAGUGCUGUUUGGCAAUGCAGUUUUUUUUUUUUAACUUUGAUUUUUAAUUUGGGGCGGGCGGGGCAGAACCCCAGUGUCCUAGCUGUAUGAUGAUUCCGCGGUGAAGACAUUGCAUGUUGUCUUCACUACUGUACACUUGACCUGCACAUGCAAGAAAACAAACAAAAGGUGGAAUGUUUAAAACACCAUAAUCAGCUCAGGGUAUUGCCAAUCUGAAAUAAAGUGGGAUGGGCCAGUGUGUCCUUCAGAGCAAGGGUACUAAAGUCCUCUCGCUGCAGGGAGUGAGAGGUAUGUUGUGUGUGUGUGGAUGUGUGUUUGGGGCACGCUUGUGCAUGUGUGACUGUGCAUGUGUUCUAUUUAUCCACAUGGCAAGGAUCGGAGACGUUGGCUUUUAUUUAUUAUUGUAGAAUGUGACGUAGUGAGCAGCCACACGUGGGAGGGGAAGGGAGGUCAGCCGUGAGAGAUGAUGGCUCCAGAUGCCAGAUGCCUUAACUAUGCACCAAGCUAAGUGACCAAACUUCUUGUUUUGAUUUGAAAAAAAGUGCAUUGUUUUCUCGUCCCUCCCUUUGACGAAACGUUCCCCUUCGACGGGCCUUUUGAUGUGAACAGAUGUUUUCUAGGACAAAAAAAAAAACAACCUAAGGACUAAUUUUAAAUUUAACAAACAUUCCACUUUUGUAAUUUGUUUUAAAUUGUUUCAUGUAUAGUAAGCACAACUGUAAUCUAGUUUUAAGAGAAACCGGUGCUUUCUUUUAGUUCAAUUGUAUUUCCCUUGUUACUGUAAAAGACUGUUUAUUAAUUAUGUUUACAGUUUGUUGCAACAGCCAUUUUCUUGGGAGAAAGCUUGAGUGUAAAGCCAUUUGUCAAAGGCUUUGCCAGACUCAUUUUAAUAUGUGCCUGUUGCUGUUCACUUUUGAUGAAUAAAACCUAUCUUUUCACAUUUUUA